UAUAAAGGAUCUACUUGGUUGAAAGUAACGAAAAUGUCGAAAAUCAAAAAGUUCUUCUCUAGGAAAAAGGAGGAAGCAGCAUUUAAGUUAAAACUAGGUGGCGGAAUGGGACAAGGCCGAACCUUAAACGCUGCACCAUCGACUCCGAACAGUUCAAACUCUAAAUCCGGGAAUGUCUAUGUGCCACCCAAACGACAAGAAAUGAGUUCGGAGGCACGUCAAGCAGCAACAGCAGCACUAGCUCGUAUAGAGAAGAGAGAGACGAAAGAUUUCAAUACCUCUCUGGCAGCUAUCAAAGCUCAAGCGAAACGGGAGUUGGAAGCCGAACAAAAACUGCGGACAGAAGAGCUGAGCGUUUCUUCGGGGCCGUCAAGCACCACGACAAAAAGGAAUAUGGCCUGCGAGGGAGUAUUUUUUCGAUGCCCGUUAAUUAGUGACGAAAUUUUAUCCAGGAAAGAGUGGAAAAUUAAAAUAAAAGAGUUUCUAUAUCAACAAUUGGAAUCAGAGCGAGCAUUGACUGCGUGUUUGAUAAUAUGCAACUGUAACACACGUGAAAAGGCUGAUGAUUGCAUACAAACACUUUCAAAAUAUCUUGAGAACAUAUAUAACCAUCCCGAGGAAGAGAAAUACUAUAAAAUUAGAAUGUCCAAUAAAAUUUUUAGCGAGAAAGUUCGUUAUGUAGAGGGAGCUUUGGAUUUUCUGCUUGCAGCUGGUUUCCGUGAGAUUGAUAUCGAUGGUGAACCAUUUCUCGUUUGGUCUAAAGAAAACGUUGAAAAUGAUUAUGAUUUGCCAAUCUUGCUUGAUGCUUUGAAGAAUGCUGAAACUAUACAACUGGAUUUAGACAGAAACAUUAUAGUUCUAAUGCCUUCUCAGGCUCGAAGUGCAGAGUUGCCUGAUGAUUUCUAUCGAAUCUCUCCAGCUGAAAUCAAACGUGAACAACAGUUACGCAGUGAAGCUAUUGAAAACUCGCAAGUAUUACGAACAAAGGCAAUGCGAGAACGUGAGGAACAACGUAAUUUGCGUUUAUAUCGUUUCGCAUUGAUGAGAGUUAAAUUCCCAAAUGGUAUUUAUAUUCAGGGCACCUUUAAUGUCUAUGAUAAAAUUAGAGAUAUAUAUGAAUUUGUGCAAUCGUGUCUUAUCGACGAAAAUUUGGAUUUUAAUUUAGUUACUACAAAUGGUGUUAAAUUCACUGAUGAAGAUAUGGAAAAGACUUUAUAUGACUUGCGACUCAUUCCAAACAUUGUGUUGCUGUUUACGAUUCCUGGCGCAACCACCUCAUUGGUAGCUGAUACGAAUUUUUUGAAAGAAGAAUUCUUGAUGUUGGUGCAAAAGAUGUAAAAUUAAAUUUUUCAAAAUAUUAGUACAGCUUAUUUAAGAAAAUGUUAUAUCUAUGACUGCGUGGGAUAUUGUUCGAUAAGAUUUUUGUGACGCGGCACAUCACAGUUUCCUUUUCUCAAAAUGGCAAAAACCCAACAAAUCACGACUCCCGAAACUCCAAUCCAUUGAAACAUUUAGCAUGAAAACUAACGCAAAGUUUCGAUUAGUUUCGUCAAUUUGAUCUUAAAAAUUCGUAGAAAUUUGAUUGAUUUAAUCGAUAGUUGAUUUGCAAAGUGUAAUUCCAACACUAAAUUCAGCAAACAAUUAUUGAAUUUUUUGAAUAUUAACUUUGACUAUUGUGAAAUAUUGCAGAACAAAUAUAUAUGAUUUGUAUUAGUCACCUAA